AUGUCCAUGUUCGCCAUGCCACAGCACGCCUACUCGUACGGCGGACCGGCAGCUCCUGCCAGACAUUACUCUGCGCACGGAACGAGCAGUGCCUUCAGCAGCUCUGCGCUUCCUGACGAAGAUUGGACCAAGAUAUCAGACCUUGCUGAACGCCGGAGAAUACAAAACCGGAUCGCCCAGCGCAACUACCGCAAGAAGCUCAAGCGCCGUUUGGAAGACCUCGAGCGCCGCGCCGGUUCAUCUGAUGACGGCGAGACGGACAACAAGCCUCAGUCAACCAGCCCCGGCAAAGCAAAGCGCCAGUCGGCUCCCAAAACGCCAAAGUCGUCGCCGCCUGCACCCACAGCCAAACCCGUUCAAGUGCCCCAGGGCCAAUUCACUCCUCCCAUGGACAACAGCGAGGACAUUGUCUUUUCGGCAGGGUUUGAGAAGCGCGAGCGCUCCCACACGCCGCCCAUGUUCACCUACCCAUCAUACCCUGCCCCGGACGAGCUGUUGUUGGAUCCCUAUGCCUCGACGCAACCCUAUCCCUCCAUCUCGGCCGCUGAUCCCUACCCUGACUACCUGGCGGCCACCACAAUGCCGGCAACUCUGCCAGCCAUGACAAACUUCGGCGAUCCGAUGAAGCAAUGCGACGACGCUUUAAGCCCAUACCUCAGUUACGGGUUCGUCCAUGGCGUCGACAUCAACAUGUCGACUCAUUACGAUUCCUCCUCUGCUCACACACCCCCAUUAUCUCACUCGUAUGAAACCUCCACGUCAUGUUCCGAGGCUGGCUACGAGUACCCGACAACUCCGCUGUCAAUGCCAGGAUCGCCGGGGAUGAUGCAGAGACAGCAAUAG